GGAAAACGAGGAUCUAUGUUAUAAGAUAUACACAAGAUCAUGUUGGUUAAGAAAAACAAAACUAAAAUUUGGUUACUGAGAUGGCUGAUGUCAGAAUCCGAUGUCAUUACUGUGUAACUUUGAGUGUCUUUGACAUAACACAAGGGCAAAUACAGCCCCAAUUACAUACCGUAUAACGGCGCCCAAAUUAUGGGCUUGUCAAAAGGCCCAAAAUAGAACAUACGAAAAUCGCCCAAAUUGGAAGAAAAUAUCCUGUUUCAUAAGGGUGGAGAACCCAAAAUAUUUUUAAAUUAUUGUUAAAUGUCUUUUUUUGGCAUAUAUAUUUCAAUUUGUUGUUCAGUCGCUUCAUAACAUGAAGUGAACAUGAAAUGUGUCUAGCGAUUACCGUAAACCAUUUCUGAGUCUCUGACGUCUGAAUGUCGUAAAAUAUACUUCCUUUGUUUAUGUUGUGAAAUUCUAAACGAUUCAUGAUAACACGUGGCUGUUGGUUUGUGAUACUGUUGAUAGUAUAGAUUGACAAGUGGUCGUCAUGCCGGGUCAUGGUAGACCUAAGACAACUGGUAAAUCACAUAAGAACAGCAGUUCAUAUAUUCAUGGAAAACGCACAAUCGAUGGCAUUAUUAAGUCUACAGGCGGGGGAAUGGGGAGGUUUAUCACACGACAGAACAGUCAGAAGACAUCAGACGAUAUUGUUGACAAGGUCAAGGUCAUUGACUUGUCGUCUGCAACAGCUGCUUUACAGUUGCCAGCUGUGUGAGGACAUGAAAACCGAGACAUCCAUGGAUGGAGAGACCUCAGAAGCCUGUGUGAAGAAAGAGGAGACGCUGGAGCUGAAUAUCUACAGCUAUGGAGACGAUCUCGACAACCCACCUGAAGGUCUCUCCGUUAAAGUGGAAGAUCCUGACGAUAAAGACCAUCUCUACUGUGAAGUUUGCAAAUCCUUCUUCCUCAACAAAUGCGAGGUUCAUGGACCACCCCUCUUCAUCCCCGAUACUCCUGUUCCCAUGGGAGUCCCUGACCGAGCCAGACAAACACUUCCUCCUGGGCUAGAAAUCCAGAAGUCCAGUAUUCCUGAUGCAGGCCUGGGAGUGUUUAAUAAGGGGGAGACUGUUCCAGUAGGUGCACACUUUGGCCCCUGCCAGGGAGAGCUGGUGAACCGAGAGGAAGCCAAGAACAGUGGCGACUCCUCGGUUGUAUUCAGGAGCAUGCAGUGUGAAGAAUACAUCGAUGCCAAAAGAGAGAUGCAUGUGAAUUGGAUGAGGUAUGUGAAUUGUGCUCGUAAUAAAGAAGAACAGAAUCUUGUGGCAUUUGAGUAUCAAGGGGGAAUUCUGUAUCGUUGCUGUCGAUCCAUUAACCCAGGACAGGAGCUCUUGGUGUGGUAUGAAGAGGAGUACACCAAAGAACUCAGUCCUGCACCUACAGGAACAACCAGACAGCAAGAAGUAAAGAACACUCUGCUGCAAGUCUUUUCCUGCUCCACAUGCCCUCGUUCCGAUGCAUCUCCAAUUUACCUCGACAAGCAUAUCCAGAGAUGCCACUAUGAAGAGUACGUGAGACUGCGAGAAUCAGGAGAGAUUAAAUAUAAGCUUCAGAUCCCCUCCAAAUGCUCCAGUCGUCAACCAACAUCAACUGAUAUUAUCCAUUCUGAUACUUCCCAUAAUGAUAUACAGAAGGAAAUUCACCACAGCUCAGAUUAUGGAAAGAGUUUUAGUUAUCAGAAUGCACUCAAGACACACCAGCGCAUUCUCACAGGGGAAAAGCCAUAUCACUGCUCACAGUGUGGGAAGAGUUUUACUCGUCAGAGUGCUCUCCAAACACACCAGCGCAUUCACACAGGAGAGAGGCCGUAUCACUGCUCACAGUGUGGGAAGAGUUUUACUUGGCAGAGUUAUCUCCAACGACACCAGCGCAUUCACACAGGAGAGAGGCCGCAUCACUGCUCACAGUGUGGGAAGAGUUUUACUCAGCAGAGUGAUCUCCAACGACACCAGCGCAUUCACACAGGAGAGAAGCCGUAUCACUGCUCACAGUGUGGGAAGAGUUUUACUCAGCAGAGUGAUCUCCAACAACACCAGCGCAUUCAUACAGGAGAGAAGCCGCAUCACUGCUCACAGUGUGGGAAGAGUUUUACUCGUCAGAGUGCUCUCCAAACACACCAGCGCAUUCACACAGGAGAGAAGCCGUAUCACUGCUCACAGUGUGGGAAGAGUUUUACUUGGCAGAGUGAUCUCCAACGACACCAGCGCAUUCACACAGGAGAGAAGCCGCAUCACUGCUCACAGUGUGGGAAGAGUUUUACUCAGCAGAGUGAUCUCCAACAACACCAGCGCAUUCACACAGGAGAGAAGCCGCAUCACUGCUCACAGUGUGGGAAGAGUUUUACUCGUCAGAGUGCUCUCCAAACACACCAGCGCAUUCACACAGGAGAGAAGCCGUAUCACUGCUCACAGUGUGGGAAGAGUUUUACUUGGCAGAGUGAUCUCCAACGACACCAGCGCAUUCACACAGGAGAGAAGCUGCAUCACUGCUCACAGUGUGGGAAGAGUUUUACUUGGCAGAGUGAUCUCCAACGACACCAGCGCAUUCACACAGGAGAGAAGCCGCAUCACUGCUCACAGUGUGGGAAGAGUUUUACUCGUCAGAGUGGUCUCCAAACACAUCAGCGCAUUCACACAGGAGAGAAGCCGUAUCACUGCUCACAGUGUGGGAAGAGUUUUACUCAUCAGAGUGAUCUCCAACGACACCAGCGCAUUCACACAGGAGAGAAGCCGCAUCACUGCUCACAGUGUGGGAAGAGUUUUACUCGUCAGAGUAAUCUCCAAACACACCAGCGCAUUCACACAGGAUAGAAGCCGUAUCACUGCUCACAGUGUGGGAAGAGUUUUACUCGUCAGUGUGAUCUCCAACAACACCAGCGCAUUCACACAGGAGAGAAGCCGUAUCACUGCUCACAGUGUGGAAAGAUGUUUGCUUGUUUAGUUACAUUUAAGACCUUCAAGUGCACUAACUCAGAGACAUUGCAUGAUUUAAAGUUGUCAAUUAAAUAUGGUUCACGGGUGAUUGCUCUAAGACAACGAGGGAGGCUCAGCCUCUUCUAAAAAUGACGAACAUCGUGUAGGAUGAAUUGCGCUAGGCUUAUGUUAUAGCCGACCUUAUAACAUUUGCUAUUUCAGAUCCAGAAUCAUAGAAGUGUGCUCAACCCACUACAGUGCGAAAUCAUUCCCUUAUAACUUUAAUGUGUGCGUGAGUUUUUCCCCCUUGUGACAGUGCGAUGCAGCGCAGCCUCAGUGGACUUCAAUGGCAUUUGGGAGCUAUGCGCUUUUCAAUCUUAAAAUGCAAGACGAUUAUUGGACAAAUACUGCGAAAACGCCCGCCCACGGAGUCUCACGGACUCCCAGCCUCAGUGGACUUCAAUGGCAUUUGGGAGCUAUGCGCUUUUCAAUCUCAAAAUGCAAGACGGUUAUUGGACAAAUACUGUGAAAAUGCCCGCCUACGGACUCCCAGCCUCACAUGGGAGGGACAUGGCAGUUUCCGCGAGGAGACUGGUGAUUGGUGAAAGCGGCCGGAUAUUUUCUUUGAUUGACAGCUCGUUUCAAAUAUAGACAGGCAGCGGUGAAUUUCACUUCAGUCCCAUGCGGAUUCGCAAGUGCUGUGGUGUAUUGUAAGAGAUCAGCUUACAUUUCGAUUUCAUUCAUUAUAUACGGUUUCUACCAGCUUUUUUAGUUUGUAUAUAUUUUCAUUGUAAAUAAAGUGUAAAUAUAGUAUUGUCAAGUUUGCUAUCUUAGUUCCAGAAAUGUCGUUUGAGUGACUGAACUUGAACUUGAGGGGGCUAGUCAGCUAGCAAGAAAGCUGCGCACGGAUGCCAAGCAUUGCUGAUUUAAUUUUGGUGAAGCCAUUUGCCAGUCUUCCUUUCGAGGAAAAAAUUAAAGAGCAGGGUAGACCAGCGCCUCAAAUUGACUUGGUGAAAAAGGUAGGGAAUAAUACUCGUUCCUUUCAGCUCUCCUGGUACGAGAAAGUGAAUUGGCUAACAGCAAGUGACCCACAUCAACAACAGUAAAUAGGCUACUUUAGUAAUAUGUCAUGGAUGGACCAAAAAUAUAGAAUCUAUUUAAAAUGUUUAUGCUGAGUAUAUUAUAUUGGAAUAUAUAUUUUUCUGGAUAUGAAUUAAACACAGCUACAAUUUGGGGUUAUCAAAAGGGUUAUCAAAAUUGUCAAUAAAACAUUUCUCAGUCAAAAUAAGUAAAAUAUAGGGAAAGUGUCAUUGAAUGAAAUGUGUGGCACCCAGCUCUACUGCUGAGGUUCCUGACAAAGAGCUGCUUUUAAUAAUGAUCAAUUUUUAAACGACAUGCCACAAUUUUAAAAUAUAAAAUGUUAAAAUAUACCCCUCCCCCCCAACACCACCAUCAUGUAUAUUGGACAGUAGGCUAAUGGGCCAAAAGAACCUGUUAUUUCACAGUUUGUGACGCUGCCAACAAUCAGCCAGAUCAGAGGCAAGAGUAUGGGCAAAACUGAUGUUUUUUCUUUUAAAAUCUGGAAAUAUCGUAACCGACCAGCCUCCCCUGUUUGAAAGACUACCAGCUGCCACUGAUAUGGUUAUUACAGUUUUGACUGAAAAUGACCUGUACUUUGAACUUUAUUGUUCAUGUUACACUGGUCAACAAUUUUUCAGAAGUUGCCUGCUUCAGAGAUGAAGUUGGCUAUUAUGAAAUUUGGUGUGUUGAAUUAGAAGUGACAGUUAAUCAGCUGACUGGCUGUGGCUUCCAAGAUAUUUAAGAUUUUAAAUUUUAUACUUAUGUGCAUUGUGUAGAUCGUAAUGUUUUAAAUAUAAAUUGUAAAACUAGGUCUCUUCAUGUGUUUAUGGUCGGUUUACAUGAUAUUUCACCUGUUCUCUUUAUGUAACAC